AUGCGUAAUACACCGGAGCUUCUUGCACCCUCUACAAAGCAGCAUGUAACAUCUUUUCGGACCGUAAGUCAAGUUGCGCGUAAAAGCUCUGAACUUGCCCAGGCCUUAGAGCACCUUGUAUUGAAUUCAGUGCAGCAGCGUCUUGGAGAUGGAUCGGUGAUUGAUAAUCAGACAAGGUGCACGUGCAAUUGCGACGUAAUGUGGGAGCAAAUGGAGGAGAUGACGAUGCAGAUACUGACAUUGCAAAAUCGGGUAUUAGAAUUGUCUAAACAUUCAAUUCCAACGGCAAUUGAGGUGAGCAAAGUCCCGAGUAAUGGGAAUUGGAGUACCAAAGCACCGCCUUUUGUGGAACCUACCGUCGACAUACCAUUGCCGCCUGCUGAGGAGGAACUCGGCGGUGAUGACGUAGAAAUGCAGGAAGUUGAAGCGGAGCCGACAGCUGACGACGUACAGAAGAUCGUCAAGGUUGAUGUCCGGUGA